AAGAGCUCACCCCUGAAACCUCAGUUUUAUAGUCACAGAGAGAGUCUGAAUUUGGUCUGGUAUUCUUGAUUUGCCAUGUUUUUUUUUUGACUGAUCUAAAUUAUUCCCUCGCAGGUGUGUAAAGCUUGCCUCAUUUAUGCUGGCUGCUAAUACUAGUUGUGGUGCUGUUUGUUUGUUUUUAGGGCAGAGACUUGCUGACGCAAAAGAUCCCUUUGUGGCAACAAGCGUGUGCCGACCCAAAUAAACUCCCAGAGCGGGCAAUGCUUCUAGCUCAGCAGAUGGGCUCAGGAGCCACGGGGACGCUGGGACCCAGUGUCCACCACACCUCUAAAUCUAGCCUGACCAUCUCAGACCCCAUCCCUGGGGCCAAGCCACUUCCUGUGCCACCUGAGCUGGCAGCUCUCAUGGGGAACCAACAGACAAGGAUGAUGGGAGUAGAAGGUGUUCCCAUUAUGAAUGGCUCAGGGGUCCAUGUGGGAGAAGACUACCAACGCUGGAUGGAGACCAGAGCCGCACAUGAGAAACCGGCCCACAGACAAGGUGGAGAGACCUUCUCCAACACCCUACCUGUCCGCAAGGUUGCACCUGUAAAGCCCAAGAAUACUUUGGCAGAGACACAGACCCUCCCCAGGUCUAGCUCGAUGGCAGCUGGGUUGGAGAGAAAUGGACGGACACGCGUUCAGGCCCUCUUCUCUCACGCCGCCGGGGACAACAGCACACUCCUCAGCUUUAUGGAAGGAGACAUCAUUACACUGUUGGUGCCUGAAGCCCGGGACGGCUGGCACUACGGCGAAAACGAGAAAAACAGAAUGAGAGGCUGGUUCCCGUUCUCCUAUACCCGUGUGAUUCCUGAGCCAGACAGCAAUAAACUCCACGUCAGUUUGCAGCAUACCAGGAGCAGCAGCACAGGAAAUCUUCUGGAGAGAGAGAUGGCGUUGCCGACACCUGAUUAUGGCAUGCCCACACGCUUCCUCACCCAGCAGCAGAGCACACCACACAGCCGACAGAGACCAUACAGCAUGGCAAUGCCAGGAUUCUCACAACAAGGGUUGGAGGAGUAUGAGUCGCGAUUCCAAACGAGCCGGAACAGACGAACAUAGCUGACGUUUCUGAAGGUCUAGCUCAAACAAAAGUGCGGAGGGCAAAUUGAUUUCGACAGUGUGAGACACCACCUUCCCCUCCGUCCACACACACUCCCCUGUCAUCCCCCUUCACUCCACCCUCAGAGGAAGAGGAUCUAGAUCCACCCUUCCCACCUUCUAGUUCCCUUAUUUUAUCCCAGUUGGACGCAGCCUAACGGAACCGGAAUGCUGAGUAUUCCAUGUUGACCUUCCUCAUUAUACGCUCCCAUCAUGAGAAUGUUGAGCUUUCUUCAGUAAACAUGUUGAAUUGUCUUUAUGUAUCUCUUGCCUGUCUUUCAUGCAUGUACUGUACAUGUCAACAAUGUAUAAAUGCAUUACAUUUUGUAUCCAGGGGUUCACGGAUUUAAAGGAAUAGUUUACAUGAAAAUUUAAAUUCUGUUGUUUACAUGAUUUUAUUAUGUUUUCUUUUAUGGAACACAAAAAGACAUAUUUAUGAAAUCGAAGAAGUAUUUUUUUUACUCCUUGCAGUGAAAGUGAAUGGUAACCAGGUUUUCUUCUAGUUUUUUUGGUCAUUUUGGAGUUUGACAUCGACUGAUCCUCAUUCACUUUCACUUGAGGGAAGAGAACAGCUCAGAAAUAAUAAUUUAUUUUUUGUUUGUUUCUGUGGAAGAUAGAAAAGUUGUUUAGGUUUGGAACAACAUGAAGGCGAGUAAAUAUAUAUCUAUUUUUUUGUUGAACAAAAAAUCUUUAAUGAAAACCAGUGUGGUAAUAUGAUUAAAGUUAUUGUUUGUAACAAUUCCAGUGGGUUUAUCCAAGUAUAAACGACUGUUAAUAAUGAAACUCGGCUGAGAAAGACCAUAUUCUGUGUUGGUAAAUUUGCAUAAAAAAUAAUAAAAAAUAAAUAAAUCAUAUAUAUAUAUAUAUAUAUAUAUAUAUAUAUAGUCAGGUGUUUUUAAUGAUUCCUUUUACAUUGUACAAUUGAAUGAAACUGAUGUAAACUUUCAGUGUUUUUCCAUUUCAUUGCUUAUAUCGUUGUUAUAAAAGGGUCUCCGUGAUCUCCUAAUAUCUCACCUGGAGUCCCUUCAAUGAAGUAUCUGUGUUCUAAAUGUGUCAAGUGUUGUAGAUUAGGACGGUCAAUUCUGAUGUGCAGUACACACUUGACCUUCCCUGAGUCUCAAGUGAAGAUUGCGUUUGAAAGCAUAGAAGUUGAAUCGGAACAAAUACUUUAAAUAUAAAUGACAAAAAUGGGUCGUUUCUGGAAUUCAUGGUUCAUGCAUGAAAGAAAAGACAACUGGUACCUACAUAUCCAUGUCUCAUCACCAUCCACGAGUGAAGCAGUGAGAAGCUGUGUGUUAGUGAUUUGGUACAGUACAUCACUGUAACACAUGGUAACAAGCGGCUCAUUGCUUAUAUGAGUAAAAGCAGAAAGGAAUGAACAAUCUAGUUUUAGUCUAGGCCAGCUACUGUUGCCAAGAAACAUCUCUAAUUUAUUCAUGUAGAAUGUUUAGCUCAUCCAAUCAGAUUUUAGAAUCCGAACUAUCCAUUAUUUUCUCUUCUGCACUGAUGUUUGUGUUGCGAUUGUUUCAGCGAUACAUCCCUAUUAAAGAUGUGCCAAGUCUUAUUAUUAAUAUAAUCCAUGUGAUCCAGUGCCUUGUACAUAGCACACAAUAUUUGUAAGUACUAUAACUGAUAAUCAAAUGUUAAGUUGUAAUCAUGAGUAUUUCUGAUCUUUUUCUUUGACAUGGAUGCAUUGUUUCAUUUGGUUCAACAAGAUCCCUGCGGAUCCCAGUGUACAGUACAGCUUUUAGAUUCGAAACAUAUGUAAAAACAGCAAUAAUCAGAUUUGAUACCAUACUUUUCGGUUUAGUAUCAAUUUAAACAUUAUAUUUGAUGCUUAUAAUACACUUACACACCACUUGUGUGAGUUUUUUAGCCUUUUUCACAGGAGUGAAAGUUGAAGUCUUAGUUCCAGUGUUGUAAUGAAAGGGAACCUUUUUCAUAGAAACAAAAUGCUUAUGAUUAAGCUAUAAAAGAAAGAAGGUUUCUCUGAUGUGAUAGACACACCAUAUUGCUUGUCUGGUCUAGUAAUUGUUUAAAGGUGCACUGCUCGAUAUUUUCUCUGUAUUGUACUUGAGAAGUCGAUUUAUUGUUGUACAUGAAGGUGAUGCACAAUUAAAUAAAAAGCACCUUCAUUAUUACCACAAAGUAUUCGUGGAGAUGUCCAGAUUGUACACUUGCUUUCACUUUUCCCAUGUUUUCCUCCACCAAAGAUCCUGCCAGGUUCUUUGCGUCUGUCUGUAUCUCCUCCAGCUAUAGUUUUUUUUUGCUUUUACACCGUUUGUCCUUUUCUGUGUGUAACUAAACUAAAGUCUUGCUGUAGCUCUGCCAACACUCACCAUCUCUGUUUUGAUGAAUUUAGAGACAAAAGCAGUAAGGUGUCAAGGACUGGAAGCCAGUGCCAGUGUUUCUUCUUUCUGCACUAGAGUAAAGACCAUGAUACAGCCGCCACGCUCCGAGAGAGCUCCACCUCUGUCAUGAUAUUUAUGUCGAAUGCCCACUUUUUGGAUGUGCGUAAAACGAGAGAAUGUACAAUAAUUGUACAGCAAAGUAUAUACACUCCAAUAUGCAUGUAUUUUGAGCGACAGCAGAACAGUGUAAUGUUGCUAAAUGACCAUGUGACUUUCUACUCUUGAAAAGAUUAAUAAACAUUUCUUCAGAUUAAA